GAAUGAAACAUUCAAUUGAAACAUAAUUGAAUGAGUAAGCUGUAUAAUUUUCCUUAUACGCUGCAGCUUUAUGGGUUUACUUGUUUAUCGAUAAAAUUCGCUUUAUUGCAUUCUUCACAAGACGACGUAACGUCCAAUUUUGCCUCUACCAAACGUUCCAUUGUUGUCUAGUCUUGAGCCCGACGGAUAAAAACACAUAGGUAGACCUACAACUUUCGUCUACCGACACUGUCAACCGCUUUUCGAAGGAUUCCAAUUCUAAAUCUGUCGACUGUAAACAUAGACGCUUGCGCUUUCCGUCUGUGUCGAAAAAAAAAUAAAAAAUACGUGUCGGACAUUGAUAGGUUGUGAAUUGUGUAAUAAUUUGUGAGGAGUGAUAGCGCAUCACGUGACAUUUACGCCGGUAGUGAUACGUCGUUUGUUGUGAUAAGGAAUCGGGGAUUUUUGGACGCUGGUAUCUUUUUGGAGGGAGGAAAGAUGGACAGGACAAUGUACGGGAAGUUCCAACCCUCUGAUUGGUCGAAUCCUUAUCAGUGCACCAUCAGGAAUGGCACGUUGCCAGGAUGUAAGAGUAAACGUCCACAGAGAAAUCCAGAGGUUAAAAUCCCCAUCUACAUAGCAGAAGAUCAUCACAAGGUCGUGGAGUUCAUCCACGAGAUGAUCAAGCAAAAACGAUUGCCCAUAACGGGCAACAAUUUCAUACAUCUAGACUCCCACCCAGACAUGCUUAUACCCAAAGAUAUGCCUGCAGACUACGCCUUUGACAAGCUGAAGCUGUACGAAAGUCAUGACAUAGAAAACUGGAUAAUACCUAACUGUUACAAUGGCAUUAUCGAUAGAGUUGUUUGGGUUAAACCACCAUGGGCUAAUCAAAUAACAACGAAGAGUCAGAUAAUGUUUGUGGGUAAAUGUACGGAAACUGGAACCAUAAGAUUGGAAUGUAAGGAGAAUUAUUACAUAGCCGAGGGUCUGUACAAACCAAGAGACAAGCUGGAAGAUGUGAAAGAAAUCCGCUUAGAUUGUGUCACUUUGGGAAGUGCAAUUUUAAAGGAGAGUGAAGAUCUGUGGGAGAUGCGAUCUGAGACCAAGAGUAUCGGACAGAGUGGUUACAUACUAGAUAUCGAUUUGGACUUCUUCAGCACCCAAAACCCUUUCUUGAAUAUAUACGAUAAGGUAUUCCUUUAUCAAAGAUUGCAAGAGAUCUUUGCCUUCGAGUGUCCAGAGAGUUUGAGCGAUGAACACGUGUUGAAGGCCCAAGAAAAACGAUUGGCACAAUUGAAAGAGAUAGAAGAUAUCUUCAAGCAUCUUGAAAAGUUCAAAACGAUGCCAAAAUUCGAAGGACCAGACCCUGGACCACUGCAUUCCAAGGUGGCUGCCUUGGUGGAGCUACUCAAUCAAAAUUACACUAAAGAAGAGAUAGACUGGGAUUUAAUAUACUCUGCUGGUUGUACCAUUGAUGACCAUGAACUUCCCCAUCACGUGUCCACAGAUGAUGAGGUUGAUAUACUGAUCGAUAGUUUAAUAGACUUCUUGGCUACUUUCGAGGCGCCUCCGUUAGUUAUUACAAUAUCUAGGUCGUCUUCAGAUGAUUAUACUCCUCAGGAGCAAGUGGACGACAUUCAGGAUAAGGUUUUGAGUUUGUUAUACGCUAAAUUCUCUAAAUGUGAUGAUCCCAUUCUGGCGUUCCUGGAUGAAGACUACGACGAAAAAAAAGAUUGAAGAUUUGAACGUGAUAUUCUCGAGUUUUCAAAAUGUAUGCCUGAGUGUGUUUAGUGCUUUAAGAAUUCUGAAAAUGUAUUAUUUUAAUUUCGUUUCACGAAUUAUUUCAUUUUGUCACAAUGGUGCAAAUUCUAUUUUGUUAUAUCCUACCACAUUUUUCGUUCAAAAUAAAUCAUCAUAAUAAUAAUUUUGUAUCAAACCAAAAACGUAUGGAUGAUUGUAGAUUCCUCAAACUUUUAAGGUAACGUCCAGAUAAUUCUAGCAUUUAAUGAUAUUCAAAAAUGAGGUAAGUAGGCGGAAAACCUUGGCAAAUUUUCAUUGAUAUGUUCAAAUUGAUCAGUAAAAAUCAGUGUAAUGUAUCUUACGCGUUACAUUCUUUUGGUAGUGAUUUUUCUAUUAUUCAAUAGUGGAAGGAACUGAGUUAAACUUCACAAAAGAUGGUUUAUGAUUAAAAUCGCCGAUGUAUUGAUUUGGUGUUAUAGAACAGUGAUCUUAAUCGGAUUUGCCUUACUUACUAGUGUUUCAUUAGUUAUCGGUUAUAGCUGUGUAUAUCAUCAUUCAGUUUCUUCUUGAUUG